AUGAACAACGCUGAUAUGGUUGGAACUAAGUUUAUUAUUUCAGAAAAAGAAAAGGCUCUUAGAGAUAAAUUUUUUCGUUCUCAAGCCUCGUCAACUCCUACAACAAAACCGAUUCAAAAACCUGCUCCUGAAAUAAAUCAAAAAUAUCAUGAUUUUCUAGAUGAAAUGCAAACAACUCUUAAACAGCAAGCAACAGGAGCUUUUACAGGCGAAUUGCUGCAAAAGCAAGCUUUAAUUAUGCAGCAGCAGGUUCAAAUCCUCAAGGCAGGCCAAUCAGAUCACAAAAAAAUAAUCCAGGCUAUAACUCAUAAACCAAAUCCAGUUUUAUCUAACUCCCUCCUCCUCCGUGAGUGAACAAAAAAAUUUUGUUCACUCACGGAGGGGGGUUUAUUUUUUUUUUUAAAAAAACAUUUAUAUAUAAAUUUUAUAAAAAAUUUUAAUUUCGAAAUUUAAAAAAAAUCCUAAUUCGCAAAAAUUGGAAAGCAAAUAUUAAUUCAAUUUGCAAAAUUUAUGUUUUAAAAAGCAAUUUGUUUAAAAUUAAACAGAAUUAGCUCUAUAUUUCAUUAUAUUAAUUAUCAUUUAUAUAUUAAAACUUUUUUCCAUAUAAAAAUUUUUGUUCACUCACGGAGGGUGGGUUUUUGGGCAAAAAAUAGCGAUUUUUCUAAUGGCUUUGUUCACUCACGGAGGGGGGGGGAGUAAAGAAAUUUUAGCUGAGCUGAUAGAACCUCUAAACAGACAACUUCAAGAAGUAAAAAGGCUUUAUCAAGAAGACCAGGUAACAACCAAAAAUUUAUUCAGUCAAGUAAAUGAAAUUAAAAGUGUCUUAGAAAAUGAUGAGAAAAUUAUUGAGCCUAAAGAGUCUGUCAUCAUUACUAAAAAGUCAAUAGAAAAUAUCAAGCAAGAAAAAACAAGACCUGGGACUAUACAAAAAGCACAGCCAAAAGGCAAAGAGGAAAAAGUUAAAAAUGAGUUAGAAAUUAUAAACAAAGACACAAAAGAAGUCGAAAAAGAAAUAGAUGGAAGACUUGAUAGAAUUUUAGAAAAAGUAGAGAAAAUAAAAAAUAUACCGAUGAAGCUGGAUAGUGAAGUAAUGCCUAUUGAUGUUAAGCAAAUUUUAGGAGAAAUGAAUUAUGAUGUGCUGCUGGAAGAGUUAAAUAUGUAUAGAACAGUUAAAAAUGAUUUAAUUCGGGAAUAUCAGUCAUGUGCUUUGCUAUACCCAAGGAAAAAACCGGAAAAAGCGAAACCUGAAGAAGCUAAGAAAAGGAAAAAUGAGAAAACUAUUGCCAGAAAAGUGCAAGUUCCGAGCUAUAAAACAAAUAAUAGUUCGCUGAAGCCAAAAUCACUCCAAAAUAUUCGUACGAAGCCUAAGGUUAUAGAAAGCAUGACAAAAAAGAAAAGCAUCCCUAAGUCUAAAAAUAUUCUUCUUGUAAAAGCCGAAAAGUCAGAAUCAGAAUCCCCAGAACCUACUGAUAGAUCUCUUCAAGAAACCUCUGAGCCUAUCAUUCCUUCCCCAAAGCCUCUUCCUAAGCCUGAAACUGUUUCCUUUCCAACCCAAACCUCUCCUCACCAAUCUCUCGAAUUUCUCAAAAUACAGCAUGAAAACCCCAAUCCUUUCGAAACUCGCCCUGGCACAACAACUGGCAAACUUACUGAAGAAAACCUUUCAAGCUACAUUUCUCCUCCUUAUCUUCCUCAAUUUCAAACCUCUGCACCUCUACGGGGAAAUCUCGAAGAACAAACCAUUGAUGCCAUUACGGGUGCAAGUCCAAUGAUAGUGCCUUUUUGAUAGUGUCCAUUUCGCCGAAGUACUUUUGGCCGAAAAUAUUUAAAUAAUGCACCCAUUUUGUCGAAAUUUAACAUUUUUUUCGGUCAAAUGUCUCACUAUUUGAACAAAUUUUGCUCUAUGAGAUGACGCACUAUCAAAUUUCCGCCGUCAUUUGACAUUGAGCCACCAUUACAGCUUAUGUGCUUAAUCAAACUUUAGGCACCACCCAACGCUUAAAAUUAACUUUACAAGAAAAUCCUUCAUCUUUAUUGGGUGUGGAAGAAAUAAGUGAGCUUGUAAAGCAAGGCUUGCAUUUCGAUCCAAAUACGAUAAGUAACAUAGGGAGAGAAAUUAUUUUAGAAAAAGUGAGAGAGCUGAGAGAAGAAAAGGAGAGGAAAAAUAAAGAAAACAUGAGCAGGAUUGAAGAAAAUAGUAAAAAUGAAGAGGAGUUAAAUGCAAAAAGUGAUAAUUUGGAAGCAAGCAUCAAGAAAGAAGAGUCUAAGAGUGAGUAUAUAGAAGAAAAUAGCAAAAAGGAAGAAGAUUCUAAAGUGAAAAGUGACUAUACAAGUGAUUUUGAGCCAGAUGAAAAGUCAGAACAUGAAGAAAGCCCGAAAUUCAAUGGAAUUCAGAUCCCAGCAGAAGAAAUUGAUCCUUUCCUCUUUAAGUCACCUAAAAUAGAAACUUCGCCAAGAUUCCUUACUAAGCAGCCAUCAGCUCAAUCGUCAGGACGUCCAAGCACCCAAUCCCAGGACGACUUGGUUUCUCUUUUAAAUCCUCGUCUACUAGGCAUGAUGAGUGCAGCAUCGAUCCAGCACUAUAUUUCUUCAUUAAUCCAAGCUGGCCAUUUAUCAAGAAACCAAACUCCCAGCUUCUUAUCAAGGACAGAAACUCCAUCCACUCAAAUUUUCUCAAACAUCCCAAGAAACCGUACAAGUGCUCCAAAUGAUAUUUCUACAGUCCCUCAAAGCCUUGCAAGGAUUUCAGAAACUCCAAAGCUCCCUGAUGAAGUCAGCGAUUUUUUCAAAACUCAAGUCGGCCAGCAAUUCCAAAAAAUAAUUGUAGAAAACUCUUCCCUGUCAGCCCAUCAAAUUAUGGAAAAAUGGUCAUCUCAGCACAUUUCUACGCCUCAAACCUACCAAAACUUCAAUAUCUUGAGGAGAAUCCCAAAUAAUAUAAAUAUAGAUGCUGAAGAAAUAGCACUCAAAAAGGAGGCUGAAAUCCCAAGGAGAAAAAUUGAUAUUUCCUACCUAGAAGACCACAAAACAGAUAGCGCUAGGUCUGAUCUUUUUACGCUGUCAGAAUCAGAUGAGUCUUUAAGGUCUUCUUUAAGUUCAGAAAAAUCAGUAGCAAUGCAGCCAGAGUUUAUAGCAGGUUUUAAAGAAUUUUUGGUAAAAUCUCAGCUAAAAGAACUAUCUUCAAGUUCUUCUCUUUCUGAAGGAGAAGUAAGAAUGAGCUUGGGCGAUACUUUAUCGUCAGGAGAAAUUCCUAGAGGGUCUUGGAGCGAUGCAAAAAAAUUCAAAGAUUCACUGUCAGGAAUUUUUUCACCAAAAGAAAGCAGCCAAGGGCAAGUUUAA